AUGAGGGCUUAUGUUCGAUCAUCUUCUUUGCGUAAGGCUGCUUUAAGGGCAUUGGCCAAGACAUUGACUGCAGAUGAAGUCUUUUAUCUGAAGGAGCAAUUCACAAUAUUGCAGCCAAACAAAAAUGGCAGCAUAACAUUGGAGCACAUUAGGAUGGCAUUGAUGAAAAAUGCAACUGAUGCAAUGAGAGAUUCUCGCGUGCCUGAUAUUCUAGCCUCGCUGAAUACACUUCAACACAGGAAGAUGGAGUUUGAAGAGUUUUGUGCAGCUGUGUUGAGUGUUCACCAAUUGGAGGCACUUGAUAGAUGGGAACAGCAUGCUCGAUCUGCAUACGAAAUUUUUGACCAAGAUGGAAAUAGGGCUAUUGUUAUUCAGGAACUUGCCUCGGAGCUUGGCCUUGGACCAUCCAUCCCAGUUCAUGCCGUUCUAAAUGACUGGAUAAGACAUGGUGAUGGUACACUUAGCUUCCGUGGGUUCAUCAAGUUGUUGCAUGGUAUGUCUAGCCGGGGCAUGGCGAAGGCUCCAUGAAAACACCUCUGUCUAGAUGGUUACACAUUCGAAUGGGGUAAAGUUCCAUGAGGACGUUGAAGUGCUUGUUUUCCCCAUUCAUUGAACCACCAAAUGUGAAAGUUCACU